UCCGCUGGGUCUGAGCUCGGGGGGGAGGGCGCCUUCCCACAGCCCCCCCUCCUCCACCCCCAUCCCCUUUUCCACCCCUCCCCGGGCCCCUCCCUCCCCCAGACUCUGCCAAGGAGCGAUCGCAAGCCCCCAGCCCCUCUGUGUCCUUCCCUCCUACUCCCAUUCCCCCCCGCCCGCCCCCUCCAGCCGCCACCCGGAUCCUGCCUUGACUCUCUCCCGCCCGGAGAGCGGCGGGAAGCUGGGGAAGGAGCCGGAGCCUGCUGCCGGCAGUGCCCCGUUGGAGAGAGAAGGGAGGACCGCGCAGCCCCAGCCGCCGCCGCCGCCGCCUCGGGACCCUUCCGGGGGCCGCCGCUAGGUGGGGGGAGCCCGGGCCCGGCUACCCGAGAAUGACUCUGGGCAGGAGCAGGAGCAGCGGCUGCGGGAUCAUGUCCGAGAACUCCCCGGAGGAGGAGCCGCUCUCCGAGGUGGAGGACGCGGAUAUCGAUGUGGUGGGCCCCCCCCAGGACGGGGGCAAGUUCAGCGAGGAGGAGGAAGAGGAGGAAGACGAAGACGGCGACCCUCUGGGGCUGCCCAGGACCGGGGCCAGCAGCAAGGCGCGCCUGGGGGGCUCCCCGGAGAGGCGGUCCCCUUCGGGGGCGCCGGAGCCGGCGUGCGCCCGGGGCGCAGCGCCCGGGGAGAAGCCCCCGGCGGCCGGGAAGAACCCGCUGGUGAAGCCGCCGUACUCCUACAUCGCGCUCAUCACCAUGGCCAUCCUGCAGAGCCCCAAGAAGCGCCUGACGCUGAGCGAGAUCUGCGAGUUCAUCAGCGGCCGCUUCCCCUACUACCGGGAGAAGUUCCCGGCCUGGCAGAACAGCAUCCGCCACAACCUCUCGCUCAACGACUGCUUCGUCAAGAUCCCCCGCGAGCCGGGCAACCCGGGCAAGGGCAACUACUGGACGCUGGACCCGGAGUCGGCCGACAUGUUCGACAACGGCAGCUUCCUGCGCCGGAGGAAGCGCUUCAAGCGGCAGCAGCCGCCGCUGCACCCCCCGCACCCCGAGCUCCUGCUGCGCGCCGGGGGGGACCCCGGCCCCUUCCUGCCCGGCUUCCCUUACGGACCCUACGGCUACAACUACGGCCUCCAGCUGCAGAGUUACCACCACCCGCAUCCGCCCCACCCCGGCGCGGGGGGCACCUUUCCCUUCCAGCCCCCGCACUGCCCGCCCCUGCCCGGACCUCCGCCCCCGGCCGCCUCGGUCUUCUCCGGCGCCCCCAGCCUCCCCUCCUUCCUGGGCGGCGAGCUGAGCUGCAGGAAACCUUUCUACCACCCGCAGCUGAGCCCCACCGCCCUGCCCGCCGCCGCCGCCCUCCUGCAGACGCUCAAGUCGGACAACAGCCACGGCGGCGGCCACAGCACCCCCCGGAGGCCUUCGUUUUCCAUAGACAACAUUAUCGGGGGCGCGGCCCCGCAGCCCCACAGCAGCUCCCCCACCUCCUCACCUUACGCCGCGGGCCAAGUUGGGAGCCAGGCUCAAGUCCUGGCCAUGCUGACUCCUGCUUUGGCACCGGCACAGAACCCCUUAAACUUGGCCCACGAGUCUCUCCUGCAGCCCGGACAGAACUUUCCCAGCAAAAUCACAACUCUGAGUAGCUGUCCCUUUUAAAAGAGAACAAACAAACAAACAAACAAAGCCCCCCCUUCAAAAAAAAUACCCUCUCCCCCUCCCAAAUUCUCCUCCUGUUGUGUUUUAAGGUAGGAAAUCUUUCUUUUUUGUGUUUUGUCUCGUUCGCAUCCAGAUCUCUGUAUCUCUUCCCUCUGCUCGAAAAAGAAUUAUAAACCAACCCCCCCGACUCCAAAAGUACAUUUAUAAAGUGUCCAUACUGUACGAUGGGAAAUUCAGCUGGUUAAAAUGUAACAUUUUAUAGCUGUUAAUUUUUUUUUUAAAUCGAUCUCGGGUCUUGGAAACAUUUUCUUUGCGGGUUGCAAACGUCCUGGCGAGAGAGCUGGGCUUGAAACUUACAAGGGGAGUUUACAGUGUCUGGGUAUUUUUAAAAAGCGUUCCUUCAAAGCUCUGAUUUUAAGGGUUUCCUCAAACGUAUGCAUAUUUUUCUCCUCUCGAGGAAAAUGUUUAAUGAUCCGAUAUUUUUUUUAAUCUUGGUUUGAUUGGUUUUACUUCUAAGGCACCAUCCAGUAUAUUUAAAAAAAAAAAAAAUCCGUGAAACUCAGGACCUUUUGAAUGAGACGUAUUCAAAUACACAUUUAAAAGAUCGGAGAUAUCAGGAAGCUUUAUAAUUUUCAUUUUUUUUAAUCCCAGUUUUUCCACCCCUUAAAUGUGCGGGUGGGUGUUUUUUUUUUUUAAUGUAUCUGUAAUUAUUUGUAUAUAGAUUAUUGGGGAGAUAAUGUGCAGAUUCCACUCCACUCUCUUCACUGGUUGUGCAUCCGUCCUAUCUAUUUUAUUGGGGGAAUCUGUGAAUACUUUGUGGAAAAGGCCAACGCAGUUUUGUCCACCAUGGUGUAAAUUAAUAAAUGUCUGUGAACUGUUUAAAACAAAA